AUGACCGAUCAAGAAGAGGGAGAAGUAUUGCAUCCCAGCACGGCUCAAGAGAGCUCGUCUGCCGCGAGAAGACAAUCUUCAGGCGUUCGGCUGCCGCCAAUCGCGAGCGUGCUAGCAGAUGAGCAAGGUGCUACAAUACAGCCGUUACAGAGCUAUGGCCUCGAUCCACGCGGGCAACACUACUCUGGCGAGAGGUCACCUCUCUCGCUCGAGCAUAGACCUCCUAGCUCGCCUCGAUCUUUGCAACCGACGGCCGGGAGCUCAAGCGGUCGAUUAGAUGAUUUAGCUUCAUAUGAAAAUGAGCAGCGAAUCCUAGACCAACGCCAGCAGCGGCAGCGGCAGCUCGAAGAAUUCAACAUGCAGGACGUAUCGCUACAAGAGACCGCGCAUCACGCUCAUGGAUCAGACUCGCCGUACGAGCACAGGACGCAGGGACUGAGCAGGGCGCAAGCGGACAUGUAUGCGCAGCGACCUGCCAGUCCCCUCUGGGCCUCGCAGCAGUCUCAUCCACACAGCCAAGCGCCGUAUCACCUGCCACUGUCACCGUCUGCUGGUAUGCCGAGGUAUCACAGGCAACAGUCACCGCCAGAUGAGACAAUCGAUCCUCUCUUUGAUGCUACUGGCACACAAGCAUGGACAGCUCGUCAGAUGCCCAUGUACUCCCAGGGCUCUUUCGCGGCUCCUCAGGUGUCCUACACUGCCAGUCCUGUACCUCAGUCAGCUUUGAUACCUACCGGUCCGCUGCCCUCGCCAAACCACGCGUCGCAUGGCCAACAACAACAAAAUGCCGGUCCGGCUCACUAUCAAGAGGCGCACCAGUUGAUGCAGCAACGACAGUCGCUUCAAGCUAGCACAUCAGCACAUCCUGGUCCGCCACCGCCCACGCGCGAGCUCAGCCUGGAGGAGAUGUACAAGGUCGACGAGUAUCCGGAUGGGAGGAUGUACAUCUGUCUCAUCGAUCGAUGUAGCGAGCGCUUUGUCACUCAGGAGAAUGUCGAGGAUCACAUCAAGUCGCAACAUCUCGAAAAGCGUCCUCAUGUCUGUGCAGAAGACGGCUGCUUCUCGUCUUUCGUCCGCUCUCACGACCUUCGCAGGCACAGCAGGAUACACACUAAAGUGCGGCCCUUCACGUGCUCUUGCGGAAAGGCUUUCUCGCGAGGCGACGCGCUUAAUCGACAUCGGCGGCGCAACAUCUGUAUUGGCGGCGUAGGACCGAGCACGACAUUGCAGACGCCCCUUGCUCAACAGCAGCAGCAGUCUCUGCAGGUUCAGCCGCAGCCGCCGCCGCCGCCGCCGCACCAUCAACAACAUCAGCACCAUCAGCAGCAGCAGCAGCAGCACCAUGAAUCUCAUCAUUCACUAACUCAGCAAUCUCACCCUCUCCAUGCGGCCACUCCGCCGGAGCAACAAUGA